GAGCUCUUGGUCUUCGCAGUCCGGCCUUCCGAGAACAACGAUCUCUUGAAGUCCUCACCUUUGCCUUUGUUGGGGCCCAGCUCAGUUUGAAGACGCUGUCGCUGGCGGCUUGGAGAAAGGAGUGACAUGAAAAAGGAACAGAAAACAGUCUUUAGUUUUGCUGAAAGGGGAAUUUUUUUCCCAGUUGUUGGUUAUGAUUUGAAGACGAGCACCUAAAGACUGAAGAGCUUAGAUUCUUCUAAAGGUACAGAUACAUUUGGUAAAAGGAAGAUUUGGAAAUACUUUAAAAAGAUGUUUGAAAUGAAGGCAGAAACUUUGAUCAUGUUUGUCAAUCAUGUAGGACUUUGAACAAUUAUUUGGAAUAUUUUCCUCCCCAAAAUGGAAGAAGAAACAAUUCACAGAUCAAGACUCUGAGAGAAAUAAGAAAUAGUAAAGUUUGCUCACGCUGAGAAGGACAAUAUUUUAUGAUCUUCUCUUUGGUAACAAACAGAAACAUACCUUGUAUGUGUGGUGAGUUAAUCAAUAAGGAUGGUUUCUUAUGCUUCAUGCUACAAACAGCUUUAUUUAAAUUUGGGGAUUUUUUUCUCUUUUUCCCAUGAUUAUUAGAUUAAUGUUAAUUAGAGUAAGUAAAGAAAAUAAAUGCUGGACUCAUGGUAUUUUCUGGCUACACUGCUGUUUUCUGGGCAUUAUGGAAACAUUGGCGGCACUUAUAUUCCUUGAAGCUUUAUUUUAUUGGAUGCAAAACUGCCGGGGAAACAGAAAUAUGAUGUAAGUUUUCCUUUCAUAACAACGUUCUUUGCUUUGGAUGAGCUGAAUAUCAUCUGGAUUUCACAGCCUAUGAGGUACAAAAUCUGUUUUAUCUAGAUCUUUAAUAUAUAAUUUAUAAUGACCAGAUGAGAAACAUAUUAAACACUGUGUUUAACAUGUAUGCCUAAGGAAAGAUCUUCCUGAUGGAUCAUGGCGUUAAUGUUUACAGAACAUUUCCUAUUUUUAAUGAUGAUGUUUAGUUUUUCUACUUGCGAAGAAUCUGUGAGCAAUUACUCUGGAUGGGCAGUUUUUACAGAUGGUAUACAACAGUUUAAGAAUCAGAAAUUAGAAGAUUUCAGAUCUAACCCAAAACUUCAUCCAAAUUUGUAUUUUGAUGCUGGAGAUGUACAAACAAUGAGACAAAAUUCUCGUACAAGCCAUUUGCAUCUUUUUAGAGCUAUCAGAAGUGCAGUGACAAUUAUGCUCUCUAAUCCAACAUACUACCUACCUCCACCCAAGCAUGCUGAUUUUGCUGCCAAGUGGAAUGAAAUAUAUGGUAAUAAUCUUCCUCCUUUAGCACUGUAUUGUUUAUUAUGUCCCGAAGACAAAGUUGCCUUUGAAUUUACCUUGGAAUACAUGGAUAGGAUGGUUAGCUACAAAGACUGGCUAGUUGAGAAUGCACCAGGGGAUGAGGUUCCAGUUGGCCAUUCUUUAACAGGCUUUGCCACUGCCUUUGAUUUUUUGUAUAAUCAGUUAGGUAAUCAGCGAAAACAAAAAUACCUAGAAAAAAUACGGAUUGUUACUGAGGAAAUGUAUGAAUAUUCAAAGAUUCGCUCAUGGGGCAAACAACUUCUUCAUAACCACCAAGCUACAAAUAUGAUAGCAUUGCUCAUAGGUGCAUUGGUUACUGGAGUAGAUAAAGGAUCUAAAACACAUAUAUGGAAGCAAGAUGUUGUUGAUGUUAUGGAAAAGACUAUGUUUCUCUUGAAUCAUAUUGUAGAUGGCUCUUUGGAUGAAGGUGUAGCCUAUGGAAGCUAUACUUCAAAAUCACUUACACAGUAUGUUUUUUUGGCACAACGCCAUUUUAACAUCAACAACUUGGAUAAUAACUGGUUAAAAAUGCACUUUUGGUUUUAUUAUGCUACGCUUUUACCAGGCUAUCAAAGAACUAUAGGUGUAGCAGAUUCUAAUUAUAAUUGGUUUUAUGGUCCAGAGAGCCAGCUAGUUUUCUUGGAUAAGUUCAUUUUAAGAAAUGGAGCUGGAAAUUGGUUAGCUCAGCAAAUUAGAAAGCAUCGACCUAAGGAUGGACCAAUGGUUCCUUCCACUGCCCAAAGGUGGAGUACUCUUCAUACUGAAUACAUCUGGUAUGAUCCAAAGCUUACCCCACAGCCUCCUGUUGACUUUGGCACAGCUAAAAUGCACACUUUUCCUAACUGGGGUGUUGUGACGUAUGGGGCAGGACUGCCAAAUACACAGGCCAAUACCUUUGUGUCUUUUAAAUCUGGGAAACUAGGAGGACGAGCUGUGUAUGACAUAGUUCACUUUCAGCCAUAUUCCUGGAUUGAUGGAUGGAGAAGCUUUAACCCAGGACAUGAACAUCCAGAUCAAAAUUCAUUUACUUUUGCCCCCAAUGGACAAGUAUUUGUUUCUGAGGCUCUUUAUGGACCAAAGUUAAGCCACCUUAACAAUGUGUUGGUGUUUGCCCCAUCACCAUCAAGCCAGUGUAAUAAACCUUGGGAAGGUCAACUGGGAGAAUGUGCACAGUGGCUCAAGUGGACUGGUGAAGAGGUUGGUGAUGCAGCUGGGGAAGUUAUUACUGCUUCACAACAUGGAGAAAUGAUGUUUGUAAGUGGGGAAGCAGUGGCUGCUUAUUCUUCAACAAUGAGACUAAAAAGUGUAUAUCGUGCUUUACUUCUCUUAAAUUCUCAAACUCUACUUGUUGUUGACCACAUUGAAAGGCAGGAAACGUCCCCAAUAAAUUCUGUCAGUGCCUUCUUUCAUAAUUUGGAUAUUGAUUUUAAAUACAUCCCAUACAGGUUUAUGAAUAGGUAUAAUGGUGCCAUGAUGGAUGUGUGGGAUGCACACUAUAAAAUGUUUUGGUUUGAUCAUCAUGGUAACACUCCUGUGGCUAAUAUACAGGAAGCAGAACAAGCUGCUGAGUUUAAGAAAAGGUGGACUCAGUUUGUUAAUGUUACAUUUCAUAUGGAAUCUACAAUCACAAGAAUUGCUUAUGUAUUUUAUGGUCCAUAUAUAAAUGUUUCUAGCUGCAAAUUUAUUGACAGUUCUAGUUCUGGACUUCAGAUUUCUCUAAAUGUCAAUAAUACCGAACAUAGUGUUUCUGUUAUAACUGACUAUCAAAAUCUGAAAAGGAGAUUUGAUUACCUGGGAUUUGGUGGUUUUGCCAGUGUGGCUAAUCAAGGCCAAAUAACCCGAUUUGGUUUAGGGACUCAAGCAAUAGCAAACCCUGUAAGGCACGAUAGAGUUAUUUUCCCUUUUGGAUUUAAAUUUAAUAUAGCAGUUGGAUUCAUUUUGUGUAUUAGUUUGGUUAUUUUAACUUUUCAGUGGCGGUUCUACCUUUCUUUUAGAAAGCUAAUGCGCUGUGUAUUAAUACUUGUUAUUGCUUUGUGGUUUAUUGAGUUUCUGGAUGUGUGGAGCACUUGUACUCAGCCCAUUUGUGCAAAAUGGACAAGGACUGAAACCAAGACAAAUGAGAAGACCAUAACCUCUGAAGGGAAGCAUGUAGAUCUGCCUGAUGUUGUUAUUACCUCACUCCCUGGCUCAGGAGCUGAAAUUCUGAAACAAGUUUUUUUCAACAGUAGUGAUUUUCUCUACAUCAGAAUACCUACAGCCUACAUUGAUAUUCCUGAAACUGAAUUUGAAAUUGACUCAUUUGUAGAUGCUUGUGAAUGGAAAGUAUCAGAUAUCCGCACUGGGCAUUUUCAUCUUCUUCGAGGGUGGCUGCUGUCUUUGGUCCAGGACACAAAAUUUCAUUUGCAAAAUAUUAAUCUUCGUGAAACUGGUAGGAAUAAACUUGCUCAGUAUUUUGCAGCUAAUAAGGACAAAACCCAAAAACUGAAAAGGAGAGAGUCUUUGCCAGAACAAAGAAGUAAAAUGAAAGGAGCUUUUGAUAGAGAUACUGAAUAUAUUAGGGCCUUGAGAAGACACCUAGUUUAUUACCCAAGUGCUCGUCCUGUGCUCAGUUUAAGUAGUGGAAGCUGGACAUUGAAGCUUCAUUUUUUUCAGGAAGUUUUAGGAACUUCAAUGCGGGCUUUGUACAUAGUACGAGACCCUCGAGCCUGGAUCUAUUCAAUGCUAUAUGGUAGUAAACCAAGUCUUUAUUCUUUGAAAAAUGUACCAGAGCACUUAACAAAAUUGUUUAAAAUAGAGGAAGGUAAAAGCAAAUGUAACUUAAAUUCAGGCUAUGCUUUUGAGUAUGAAUCACUGAAGAAAGAAUUAGAAACAUCUCAGUCAAAUACUGUCUCUUUACUAUCUCAUUUGUGGCUAGCAAACACUGCAGCAGCUUUGAGAAUAAAUACAGAUUUGCUGCCUACCAAUUACCAGCUGGUCAAGUUUGAAGAUAUUGUUCAAUUUCCUCAGAAGACUACAGAAAGAAUUUUUGCAUUCCUUGGAAUUCCUUUGUCUCCUUCUAGUUUAAACCAAAUACUGUUUGCCACUUCCACAAACCUUUUCUAUCUUCCUUUUGAGGGGGAAAUAUCACCAUCUAAUACUAAUAUUUGGAAACAAAACUUGCCUAGAGAUGAAAUUAAAAUAAUUGAAAAUAUUUGCUGGACACUGAUGGAUCGUCUAGGAUAUCCAAAAUUUAUGGACUAAAUGCUGCAGGUCAGCAAAAAUUUGCACUAAUAUAUCCCAACCUACUUUGUGGCUAUUAACAAGAUAAUUUUGUUUAUUCUUGUACAAGUGUGUAUGUACGUGUGUAUGUGUGGAGAGAGCAUGAGUCUGUUAUUUGCGCUGAAAGAUACUUCAAAAAAUAAGCAGCAUAUUUGGCCUAGUAGGAUUUAUUUUUAUGUUAACACUUUCCUUGUCUUGAUUUUUGAAUUUUUUUCUGCUAAAAUGUUGUGCUACAGAAGUAUAUAUUGUUGUGUCUGGGAGGAUAGGAAGAUUUUAAUGGAGUUUAACUCACCUUAUUUGGUAACUGUGCUAAUCUAUCUUGGCACCUAAGGCACUAUGAAAGGCCUUGCAAUUGCUGCUUUGCCCAGUCAUCUCUUGCUCUUAAAAUGAACUACAUAGGUUCCUUGUCUUUUGAAUAGGUCUUCUAACACAAAGAAAAAAUGAAAUAAAAAAAUGAAUUUCUUGUACUUUGUAUAAUGUUCUCUGAAAUUACUGGGGAAAUGAUAAAGAUUUCUAUUAGAACUUUCAGAAAAUAUAGACGAAGAUAUAGACUAUAGACUUUUUUUUUCUUACUCAAGAGUUAAGAUUGUGAACAGAGGAUGUUGAAAUUCAGUGUAUUAUUUUGGAAAUGCUGCUCUCUUCAAAAGCUUUUAUUUGCCUGCCUGAAGCUAUCGCUCUUCACCGUCAUACCAUGACCACCUUAUCUAGCCUUUCUGUCAUUUUCAAAUAAAACAGGCAGUUGUUAGUAACUACAAAAUUCUUAGCUUUGGAUGUUCCAACAGCCCUUUCCCCUGAUGAUUAAUUUUGUAUUAAAGACUGACACAUACUUAUAAUCAAAUUUAUUUUUGUGGUGUUACCACUCUGACUCAAAGAAAGGAGCAGAAGUCUACUGACAGUGGUGGUUAUUCACUGUUUUUGCAGGUGGUGUGGGGUGGUGCUGACAUGGCUGGGUGCUGGAAACAGAAUUAGAAAGCUGCCUGCCUUAUCCUGUAUCCUCUGAGUGAAUUUAUAGGCUGCCAGUGUCUGCAAAAGUUGAAGCCAAUUGAAAGAUGAUGUCAGAGGCAUCUAUUCCCUUUACCAUCUGCAGCUUAUAAAUGUACCAAACAUGAAAUGUUCACUCAUUUUACUUGGUAGUUUCUGAAAUCAAAAAUGCUAUGCUGUUAUAGGCCAGUAUAGUAGUUACAACGUGCUGCAUGAACAUCGCCAUUAUUGGGAUUUAGUGUGAGUCUAUGCAGAAUGCAGUUUUCUUCCUGAUGUUUCAAACUACAGUUUCCUCAAGUUCUCUACCAUUUGGAUUUUGUCACUCUGAUCUAGAUAAAAGCACUUCUCUUCCAGUAGCUUGUUGUUUUAUCUAAAUGAUUAAAUUCUAUCAGCAUGAUGAAACUGUGCAUAUGUUACUUUUUAGCUGAAUCUAACCUAGCUGUCAUUUCUUCUGUUAUGGCAUGAGUGGAGACUGUUACAUGUCCCCUAUGUAGUGGUGGGAGCGACGGGCUGCGUUCCCGCCCAGAUCCCGGCUAGCUUACCCCUGAAAUAAAUACACGGAAAUUGUAUUCUUUUAAACACUGCCUGGCCCAUUAGU